AUGAAUCCCUUAUUAUCGAGUCUCUUCCAAGGAAUCUCAAGUAUGAUGUUAGAUUAUAAGAUCAUCCAUUGGUGGGAGAGGGGCAAAGUUCUUGGUGUUGGUAGUUCCGGUUUCGUUAGCGAAGCCCGUCCACGCCCGUGGACCGGUUUUUAUAAUCUUUUUCCUCCACUCAUGGCGGUUAAAUCAUCGAAGAUUAAAGAUAAUAUUGACAAUGAGAUGCAAAUCCUAUCGCGAUUAAGAGGCCAUCCUCACAUAAUUCAUCUUUAUCUCUACGAUGUAACGAUGGAACAAGGCACGGUUCUUUACAACAUAUUCUUGGAGUACGCCUCCGGUGGAAGCUUGGCGGAUCGCAUAAAUUCCAAUGGUGGAGGAUUGUCAGAGUUUGAGGUUAGUGGUUACGUGAAGGGAAUUCUUCUAGGUUUAGAUACAAUUCAUGAACUAGGGUUUGUACAUUGUGAUGUAAAACCGGAAAACAUAUUGAUUGUGAAUGGAGUGGCUAAGAUUGCUGAUUUUGGAUUGACGGUUAAGGCGGGGGUUUAUGAUAAUAGACAUGGGACGUUGGAAUAUGUGGCGCCGGAAGUUGUAAGGGAUAUAAAUUAUACAUCUCGAGCCGAUAUUUGGGCUUUAGGUCUUACGGUUUUGACUAUGCUUACCGGAAAUUGCAUAUGGGAUAGUGGAAUUAAAAGUCUUGAAAUGUUGGAUUUAAUUGGUUAUUCUAAUGUGUUACCUGUUAUUCCAAAAGGAUUAUCGAUUGAGGCUGUUGAUUUUUUGUCUAAGUGUUUGGUGAGAAACCAUGAGUUGAGAUGGACGGCUAAGAUGCUUUUGGAUCAUCCGUUUGUUAAAAUGCAAAUGCAUCGUUUUAGAUGUUUGCCAGUGCCCUUGGAUUAUGCUAUUGAUGUGUCAAUGAUGAAAAGAAAAACAUAUGGCCCAGAUGCACUCGUCGAUGUCGGAUGGUGA